AUCCUGUCCUUCAAAUGUGUCCUUAGGCCAAGCCAUUCCCGGCCGUCUACAGUGCAGUGGCUAAAUCUGCAGUCUCCAACCACACCAAGCUCCAACCCAGAGGGUACCUCUCCAUCACCCAGGAUGUCCCAUCUGCCCCUCUCUCCUGCUGCCUCCAUUGUAGACAAGCUGCCCGAAUGCGUUAUCAAUCGCAAGGCCCGUGCCGUGUACCCCUGUGAGGCAGAACACAGCUCAGAACUGUCAUUUGAAAUAGGAGCCAUUUUUGAGGAUGUUCAGACCUCAAGGGAACCUGGCUGGCUGGAAGGGACCCUGAAUGGCAAGAGAGGGCUGAUUCCACAGAAUUAUGUCAAGCUGCUGUAGCUCCUGGCCUCAGGGGGCUCCCGCUGAUCCUGGCACCAUGCACCAGCCUGGGAACACCACCAAACACCACCAUCACGCUCAGGAACUGCACAUCACCACAGGCACUCCAGGGCUGGGGAGGGGGUGGACUGUGCAGACGUAUGUGUAAGGAGAGCAUCCUCAGCACAGGUGGAGUGGAUUCUCACCUGGCAGGCACUGGGGCUUGCGAUUUUUAAUUCUCCAGCCUGUGGAACGGGGAGGGCAGGGUGACAUCACUGCCAGGCAUGGAGGAACCCAGCUCUCCAUGUACCUGCUGUUGAGUUUUCAUGAGAACUGUGCUACUCUUGUAUUGUAUGUCCAGGACACAUGUGGCCUUGUGGGUACAGGGGAGUUGGUCCCAGCCUGGAGAGAAGCCAAGAGAAGCUUUUCAAGCCUUGCCUUCCUGCCUGCCUCCCCGGCUCCCCGGGCCUUCUCACUGGAGCUGCACCAAGCUCACCUGUGUGCUUACAGCAGUCUUUUCCACGUGCUCACCUGGGUGCUGUUUGCCCCAUGCCACCUUGUUGCCACAAGGCCCUUCUGUAAAUGAAAUAAAAUGUAAUUUACUAUU